AUGUCGCUUCUCCAGAAUGAAGAUUUCGUUCUCUACCAGCUUCGCACUGCCUAUCUCUCCAACAUCAAGGACGGCGUUGGCGAGCGUCUCAUCUCUGUCAACACCUCUGUUUUGAACAAUCCCGCCUUUCGCGCCUCCGGUUGGCUGCCGAACACCUCUGAUAUAAAACGCACUUAUUCACCUCCUAUACCUACUGCAAUCGCCUCGGAAUACUUUCAAGCCCCGCGCUCUGCCGGUCUGACCGGUCCCGGCUUUGGUGAUGACGAUGACGAGGGCGGCAUGGUCACGGGCCGGGGCGAAAGCACCGAGACCGUUGGACCUAUGCCCAUAACACGACGGAGGCGGAGGAAGGAACAGCUGGAGGAGGAGGAUAGUAGUGACCUGAGUGACGAUAGCGACGAAGAUGCGGACGGGCAGAGAGCUGUUCAGCAGAUCAAAUUCACGAAGAUGCCCAUGCCUGUCAGGUCGCGCGCUGGUUCGUCGCCCAUCCAGAAGACCAGGCUGGCUGAAGCCCCCGAGCUCAUCAUGGUCACGUCUCCAUCCAGGCCCCCGGAGACCAGCGGCGUGCGCAGAGGCUCUCUAAGCGCUCUUGAUACCGUUCAGGAAAGGCCACGGAGGGACACAGUUACCAGUAGCGAGAUGUCUUCGGAGAACGAGCUGGACCCGUCCGUUUUCAAGAGAAAGCAAAUCAACUCGCGAAGAGCGGCCGUGGCCACUAACCUGCUGAGCGAGAAGAUAGCAGAGGACGACGAGGAUGAAACCGAGGACAGUGAUCUCGACUCGGACUUUGCUGGCACCGCCGACUCGAACUCGCUACUCGGAGUGGGAGCUGAUGCACUGGACUCCACGCCCCCUCCCAAGCAGAUUCAAAACAUACCGCCGGCCAUCACUCCUCACAACUCGUCGCCAAACAAGCGGACAAAGCAGCAACAGUCCCAGAUGACCCUUGCCACUUUGCCUCCGGCCCGCCCGAUCAGCGUGGUGCAGCCCGUCAGCGCCCUCACUCAGGCACUGAAGGCCAAGUCCAGCAAACCUGCAGAUCCGCUCCAGAGGUUCGGUAUCUUGUCGGGACAGAGCGAGUCAAGUCCUCUCUACAUUAAGAUUUAUGCUCCAUUCUCCAACAAACCGACCAAGCCUUUCGAAGUCCUGCUCCGCAAGACAGUUGAUGAAGGCACAAAGGUCAUCGUCGCCGAAGCCAUUGGUUACGCUCUCUUCAAAUACCAGGAGAAUGGCUUGGAGCCGCCCAUUCCACCGGAAAAGCGGAAUGUCAACAAGUGGGUCCUACGAAUGAUUGAGGAUGAAGAGGUCGAUUACGAGUUUCCUCCUUUUGCUCGGACACGGCCCAUUCAGGACUUCACUUCCACCAACAAUCGCCCAGUUCGGGGACGAGCAAGAGAUAAGCCGUGGGACGAGUUCGCCAUUGUCGAAGCAUCACCGUCAGAAUUUGCAGACAACGAAAAAACCACUCCUGAAUACAGCCGAGAAUUUGCUGAAACAAGCGGUGGCAAUGAACUCCAAAAAGUGCCCACGACUUCGGGGUCGGAAGCUGAUCCCACUUCGAACCUCCCGCCAGUGACAGCCCCAACACCAGCACCUCUCCUUGCACCCCAGCAGAACCCUAUUACUGGGCCGUACUUCUCAACCAUUCGGAAAGACAGCACAAGCCUCCUGGAUGCUCCAGCCGCCGCUGCGCCUAACUUCACUCCUCGCACAGGUGCACCCAAGACACUCCGCAUACACUUCAUAUCUGACGACUUUACUUCACGUGUUUCGACGCUGGAAGUCACAACCGACACAUAUCUUGCCGAAGUCUUCGACCGCGCCUGCCGUGACCUGAACGUGGACAAGGCACUUUACGUUCUGAAGGUCAGCGGCACGUCGACCAUCGCACCUUCGGAUCGCACAGUCGAAGCCCUCGGCGAACGCACCGAGCUCGACCUUGCACGGCGCCGGUUCGUCGGCGACGGCGCCUUCGGGCUCUCUGGCUCUCCAGGAUCCUCUUCGCCCAACGCGCCGCUGCUCAUCAGCACCGGCGGCACGCCCAAGAAAAAGCAGAAAGGCAACCCAGGCCCCAGCGGCCUCAUGCACCCGCUCGCGCAGAAGCAGGAUGCGCUGCUCUCGCUGACGACGACCAACACGUCGUACAAGCGGUACACGGUGACGCGCAAGCAGCCCAUGUCCUUCACGUCCAGCUCGACGCGCGUGCUCGCGCUCGACGGCGAAUACAUGCACAUCAUGCCGGCGGACACGACGGCAGCGACGGCAGCCAACAAGGCCACGGGCAUGGGCAAGACGACGACUGUGCACUUCACGAGCGUCGUCGGCAGCAAGGUCAGCAGCAAGCAUCCCAAGACGUUCCGCGUCGUCGUGUACCGCGAGCGCGAGAGCAAGCGGUACGACUUCGAGGCUCAGAGCAGGGAGGAGGCGGCCGAGAUCGUGAGGGAGAUCAGGAAGGGGCUAGAGAGGUUCCAGGAGGGCUAUGUAUGA